GCUGAGGGGCAGGGCUGUGGGGCUGACUGCACAGCCCCUCUACCUGGCGCAAAAACCUGCAGGCCGAGAGAGGAGCUGAGAUCCUUCCAUGAUGUGGCUCUUCGCUCUGGUCCUGUUCUCCCUGGCCAUUUCCACAGUUUGGGGGCACCCAUCCUCGCCGCCUGUGGUGGACACCGCGCAGGGCAAGGUCCUGGGGAAGCACGUCAGCCUGGAAGGAUUUGCACAGCCCGUGGCCGUUUUCCUGGGCAUCCCUUUUGCCAAGCCCCCCCUGGGAUCCCUGAGGUUUGCUCCGCCGCAGCCUGCAGAUCCAUGGCCCUUCGUGAAGAACGCCACCUCCUACCCUCCCAUGUGCUCCCAGGACACAGUGGUGGGGCAGAUGCUCUCAGACCUCUUUACCAACAGAAAGGAGAACAUUUCUGUCCAGUUUUCCGAAGACUGUCUUUACCUAAACAUUUACACUCCCGCUGACUUGACGAAGGAGAGCAGGCUGCCGGUGAUGGUGUGGAUCCACGGAGGUGGGCUGGUUCUAGGUGGAGCAUCAACCUAUGAUGGGCGGGUCCUCUCUGCCCAUGAAAACGUGGUGGUGGUGACCAUUCAGUACCGCCUGGGCAUCUGGGGAUUCCUCAGCACAGGGGAUGAACACAGCCGGGGAAACUGGGGUCACUUGGACCAGCUGGCUGCAUUGCGCUGGGUCCAGGAGAACAUCGCCAACUUUGGAGGGGACCCCGGCUCCGUGACCAUCUUCGGACAGUCAGCGGGAGGUGCAAGUGUCUCUGUUCUUGUGUUAUCUCCACUGGCCAAGGACCUCUUCCAUCGGGCCAUCUCGGAGAGUGGCGUGGCCCUCACUGCUGUUGUGGCUGAUGACUACAUGAGGGCUGCAGUUCAGCAAUUUGCCAACUUUUCUGGGUGUAACACCACCACCUCAGCUGUCAUUGUUGACUGCCUGCGCCAGAAGUCAGAGAAGGAGCUCCUGGAGGCAUCACUGAAGAUGAGCUAUCCCUUCCUGGCCACUGUGGUUGAUGGAGUGCUGCUGCCAAAGAUGCCUAAGGAGAUUCUGGCUGAAAAGACGUUCAACACUGUUCCCUACGUCGUCGGACUCAACAAGCACGAGUUUGGCUGGAUUCUUCCAACGGUGAUGGGCUUCCCACUCUCUGAAGGCAAGCUGGACCAGAAGACGGCCACGUCACUCUUGCAGAAAGCCAACCCCAUCCUGCACAUCCCUGAGGAACUGACUCCAGUGGCCGUUGAGAAGUAUUUAGGAGGGACAGACAACCCUGUCAAAAAGAAAGACCUGUUCCUGGACUUGAUGGGGGAUUUGAUGUUUGGUGUCCCAAUUAUAACUUUGGCCCGGCUCCACAGAGAUGCCGGAGCCUCCACCUACGUGUAUGAGUUUCAGCACCGCCCAAGCUUCUCAUCAGUUAUGAGACCCAAGACGGUGAUGUGGGACCACGGGGAUGAGCUCUUCUCACUCUUCGGGGCCCCAUUUUUAAAAGAGGGUGCCUCAGAAGAGGAGAUCAAUCUCAGCAAGAUAACGAUGGGCUUCGCGGGCAACUUUGCUCGGACUGGGGACCCCAGUGGUGAGGGGCUGCCCCACUGGCCAGCAUUCGACCAGAAUGAAGGGUACCUGAAGAUUGGCAUCCCCACCCAGGCAGCCCAGAAGCUGAAAGACAAGGAAGUGGCUUUCUGGACCGAGCUCCUGGCCCAGAAGGCAGUGGAAGAGCCACCCCAGACAGAACACUGAGCUGUGAACAGGAAGCCCGGCUGGAUUUGGAGUCCGGGGAGAACCCACACAGAGGUAUUCUACAGAGGGUGUUUAUGGGCCAAAGAGACAUAUUAUUGUGGAUGCUUGGAAAUUGCUGGUGGGAGUAGAGAGAGGGUGAGGAGGGAGAAUUUCUGUAUCUGUGGCCUCAAUUUGGGGAAUAAAUGUGUUUUUUUGGAGACCAA